UCGGGUUUAACCAAUCAAUGCUAGUGUCACACAGCUUCCAAAUGUCACAAAAUAGGUCUAUUGAAUUCGUCAAAAAAGGAGAACAAAUCAUAAGGACCAGUAACUGACCCUUUGUGAAGCUGUGCCUAUUUGGAUACAACAGAAUGUCACUAGAUACUUGGAGUGAAGUUUGUCUUAAUAUUACCAAUGAUGUCCAAGAUGAAGCAAGCUGUGAAGAUAAUGAGAAAGCAAAUAGGGUCCAAUCAAUGGAAGUUACAUGUAAUGGACAGAAUAUAGAAAAUGAAUCCAUUGAAGAUACUGGACUUAAUGGAAAAGAUAUAAAUGUUAAAUCAAGUGGUAACAUAACAGAUAUAAAAAAUGAAUCUGUCAAAGAUAUUGGAGAAGAUAUAGAAGAUUUAUCUGAAAGAAGAGAUGUAAAAGAGAAAUCGAUUGGCGAUAAAGGAAUAGAGGAAAAAGAUAAAUUGAUUGAGGAUAAACAUGAUAAAGGAAUAGAUGAAAAAGAUAAAUUGACUGAGGAUAAAGGAAAAGAUGAAAAAGAUAAAUUGACUGAGGAUAAAGGAAAAGAUGAAAAAGAUGAAUCCAUUGAAGAUAAAGUAGAAGAUAUAACAGAUGAAUCCAUUGAAGAUAAAGUAGAAGAUAUAACAGAUGAAUCCAUUGAAGAUAAAGUAGAAGAUAUUACAGAUGAAUCCAUUGAAGAUAAAGAGAGAAAUAUAAAAGAUAAGUUCAUUGAAGAUAAAGAAAGAGAUGUAAAAGAUGAAUCAUUUCGAGACAUAGCUGAUAGUUCCUCGGAUUCCAGUGAAUUUGAAAGUACUAUUGAUCCCCCUUGUGAAAAGUGUGGGAAAAAAUUAGGAAAUAGAGUCCUCACUAAAAGUGAUCCUAAGGUUGAUACAAAUAAAGUCCUUUCUAAAACAUGUAAAAGGGAUUCUAAGGUUGGUACUGGAGAUACAAGUAGUAUGUGCAUAGCUUGCAGGCAGGACAUUUUGUACAGAAAUUCUGUAACUGACUUCGUUGACUCAGAAACUGAAGAUAAAACCUUUAUGUGUAAAAUAUGUCAGAAAAUAUUUACAACUCAAUCUUAUAUUAGGAGGCAUGUUAAUAGGCAUGCAGGAAAAAGGAAAUAUACAUGUCAAAUUUGUGACAAAAUAUUUACUCAAAACUCAGACCUAAAAAGGCAUGCAAGGACACACACAAAGGAAAGACCUUACUUUUGUAGUACAUGUGGGAAAAAGUUUAAUCAAGUAUCAAACUUAAAAACACAUUGCCUAAUACACGAAGAGCAAAAGCCAUUUAUCUGUGAUCAUUGUGGUAAGGGGUAUACCCAGUUAGCAAACUUGCAAGCUCAUCUUAAUGUGCACAAAGGUCAUAAAAUUCAUAUUUGUGAAUCCUGUGGCAAAGGAUUUUCUACAACAUCCCAGUUGAAAUCUCACGUACGAGUCCAUACUGGUGAAAAAGCAUUUUGUUGUCAUACAUGUGACCAACAUUUUCCUACCAAGUAUCAACUUAAGAGCCAUUACCAAAUGCAUUCUGGGGAGAAACCCUUUAAGUGUCAAAUUUGUGACAAAGGAUUUUAUCAGAGUUGUGACUUAACGAGACAUAAAAAAGUACAUACAGGUGAAAAACCAUAUAAAUGUAAGAAAUGUGGUUAUAGCUGCUCACAGAAAUCAUCACUCAAGAUACAUGAUCGAUCACAUACUGGUGAAAAGCCACAUUGCUGUGAUGUUUGUGGUAAAGGUUUCGCUCAGUCUUAUUCUCUUGUAUGCCAUAUUCGAACUCAUACAAAAGAAAAACCCUAUGUUUGUAUUUUAUGUGGUAGAGGGUUUGCCCAAUCUGCAAAUCUUAAUUCACAUUUUGCAACACACAAAAGUCAUAAAGACAGUGAUGUGGUCCCACCUAAAGUCUAGUACAAGUUUAGAUCAGCCAAAGAGUUACAUGUACCCGAAACAAGUUUUUUUUAAUUACAUGUGUAUAUGGUACAUAUAAGAUGGAGCCAUUGUAGUCAAAAUAUUUGCAUUCUUAAGAGUUCUCUCUUUAUUUCAGCUGGUCACUUUGAAAAUAAUUUUAUCUCUAAAAGAAAGAAAUUUUUAACUGUGAAAAUCAGUGAAAUCUAUGUUAGAUUACCAUUUACUUAUUUGUCUGCAUAUUUGAAUUAUUAAUUCUAGGACACCUUGUUUUAAGUAAUCAGGAAGAAUGAACUUGAUAAAGACCAAUAUGAAAAAUCCUGAAAAUGUUAUGUUAAAUUUUUAUCACUUUGAAAAAUCACAUGUAUUUAAAUGUUUUUUUUUUUAAUACAAGAAAAAAAAAUAAAAUGCAGAAAACAGAAACUUGAUUUUAGGUCAGGUCAAGGAUAUAAAUGACAAGAACAUAGUGAUGAUAGUUGAAUUAUAUUUGGAUAUAUUUCAAUAAACUGUACUAAUAAAAAUAUACAUGUACAUGCAAAUUUAGACAUGCCAGGGAUAGAAAUGAAAUCCUGUGAAAUUCUGUAAUAGGAAAGUAUAUAUGCAUGUACAUGUAUGAAGUAUAGAAAAUGCAUAAAUUUUAUGUAUAGUCGUGAUAGUGUUUAACAGUAAAUUGAUAUAAGGAGUUUGACUAUUGUUGACUGAAAGCUGCAAACACAUGAAACAGUAUCUUCUUUUUUUUACAAAAAGAAGUACCUCAACAUUUUCUAUGUGUCAAUAAAGUAAAAUUUCUUUGGAAGAAUUUGAGUCAAAAUGGAGUAAAAAAAAGAUAUGAAGACAUAGAUAUUUUAAGUAAAAUGAGUAUAAAAACAAUUCAUGUAUAUAUUGUCAAAAUCUGUAAUUUCAUUGCACUCUCUGAGAAAUAGGAGAGAAAUACUCUGUGGGCCUUUUUACUGGUUCAAAUAAAUUCUAUAAAUUUUAUCUUUUUAAUUCCAUUAUUGUAGUGUAUGAGUAUUUGUAAAUGUAUAUAUAUUAAAAUAUACAAAGUCAUUA